UAUAAAGAAAAUGGUGCGUCCCGAAUGGUUGGAGGAUCAAGCAAACAGGUGUGUCGUGCGGCGUUGCCUAUCGCGUAACAAUACUUGUGAUUCGGUAGCCGACGAUCGAAAACACUCGGGAACGUGAACCGCCGAACGAGAAAUAAAUUUUUGUCCCCGAUGCACGCAGACCCCGCUUACCGAUCUCCGUGGUCGACGAUGGAAGGAUCCCCCUUACGAAUCGAAGGUAUAAAUUGUACACCCCCGGCGAUAGAAGAUUUCCCACACGAUCUUUUCGACGAGAAGCAAAGGCAAGGCGGGGCUGUCGUUGUACACGUGAUCGUUUCGCUUUAUCUAUUUAUCGCGUUAGCAGUAGUAUGCGACAAGUUCUUUGUACCCGCGGUGGAAAAAAUUUGUCACGCGCUCUCGAUGUCCAAGGACGUGGCGGGCGCUACAUUCAUGGCUGCGGCAACGUCCGCACCGGAACUGUUCGUGAACGCGAUCGGCACGUUCAUCACCGAAGGUGACAUCGGCGUCGGGACAAUAGUAGGCUCGGCUGUAUUCAAUAUCCUCGCUGUGCCGGCUUGUUGCGGCAUCGGCGCCGGAAUGGUAGUUCCUCUGGACUGGUGGCCGGUCAGCAGAGACUGUCUCGCCUACGGCGUCACGGUCGCCAUUCUGAUAUGCAUCAUACACGACGAGCGAGUAGAAUGGUACGAGGCGUUGGCCCUGGUCUUACUCUACAUUGUCUACAUCGCCGUCAUGUACUGGGACAAGUCGUUUCAACGAUGCACGCGUUUCCGUACCCACAACGUCGACCAACCGUCCUCGCCCGACGACCAUCGACUCGCUGCAGAGGGAAGUACGGAAAUUCGGCUGGCGAGGUCCGACAAAGUGCAACCUGCCGCUGAUCAGGCCGAGCACACGGACGUACCGUUGCAAAAUGGCGGAACGAAGACUCAAGAAGAGAAUCCCGAUCCCAAUUACGAGUACGAGUUGUUGGUGUGGCCAUCGCGGGCCGGAUGGAUAAGAAAAACGGCCUGGAUCAUGACAUGGCCGAUUCACCUCAUAUUCAUGUGCACGAUACCCGACUGCGAGAAGCCACGAUUCAAGAAUUGGUUCCCAGUUACGUUCCUCAUGUGCAUCAUCUGGAUCGGAUCGUUGAGCUACGUCGUCGCGUGGAUGAUCACUAUAAUCGGGGAUACUUUGAAGAUACCGGACUCCGUGAUGGGUAUCACUUUCCUUGCAGCCGGUACCAGCGUUCCGGAAGCCGUGUCGAGCGUUAUUGUGGCGAAGCAAGGACACGGCUCGAUGGGGAUCAGCAAUUCGAUAGGAUCGAACACCUUCGACAUAUUGUUGUGCCUGGGUCUGCCUUGGCUGAUCAAAUCGUCGUUCUCGCCCACGCAACCUGGAAAGCAUUACAUCAGUAUAAACUCCGGCGGUCUCGAGUACAGCGCCAUAUCGUUGUUGUCCACGUUGAUGCUACUUUAUAUUGCUUUUGCCUCGAAUAAGUUUCAGCUCGAUAGAAAAGUAGGCCGUGCCUGUUUAUGUAUGUAUGCCGUGUUCCUUAUAUUAGCCUCGUUGAUAGAGCUCAAUGUAUUCUUCAGGGUGAAUUUGCCCACGUGCCAGAGGACGGUCAAGUGAUACGGGAUCGAAAGUAGAAACGCUUAACGAUAUUCGAUACGGUUUUAGUUGAUCGUCGUACGUUCCGUAGAACUUGCGAGCAACACCGUGGACCGAAGAAUACUGUUUUAUAUUACGCGAAAACUACUUCUUCUUUCUUCCGUCUCGCCUCUGCGAGACACUAUCCAACCCCGAGGCUCCCAUUAUGUCAUGCCAUCUUUUACUUCGCAAAACCGGGCCGUGUACGGUCGAUAAAAUAUCUUUUAUCCGUCUCAACAACAGCUUUGUCCCCUAUUCUUUUUCAUUCUUCCUAUACACGACUGUUUCUCUCUGUACUUCUUUCUCUCUCUACCUCCAUUCUUCCUUGAUCGCGAUCGAACCGCUAACUCCCCCGCCCCGCUCCUCCCGUUCGUAACAUUUUCCCCUUUUGAAUACUUUUCUUUCGCCUUAUCGUCUCGCUAUUGCUCUUACCGUGAACAGCGAAUAAUCUCUAAGGAUCCGUGAAACAUUGAAUAAUAAAAAUACCGCAAACGCGGUGAUUACAUCCUCUGGUAGUAAUAAGUAGAGACAGAACUUCGCAAGAACUCGCCGCCAUUUUUACCCGCGCGCGCGCGCGUACGCAUUUCGACGGUCAAGAUGCGCUUGUAUAAAAAGAGGGACCGGUCAAUCACGUGAAAUUCAUUCGAGAGCAACAUAGAAAAUGCCGAAUCGAACGCGAACGAAACAAAAAAGGGAAAAAAAAAAUAAAUAAAAGAAUCGCGUAAGAUCGUACCAUAGCGUAGACAAGACUGCCGACGAAACGUAUCGCCAGCCAGAGAUGGGCAAAAAUUUCUUGUCCCGAUAGAAAAAAUGGAAUCGCUUUUACCGACCGAAACAGUGUUCUCCAAAAUGGACGGGGACGCGAAAAAUUUCUAACGACUUAAACGUUUCUUUCUUUCUUUUUUUGUUUACUUUUAAAUUUCAAAAGUUUUGAGAACCUACCGGGCCCCCCCCCGAAAAAUCAGCCGAUCCGAACAGAAUCGUGGCGAAAUUUUGCCCGCCUCCGUCGCCGACGCGGGGACACGCAUCGACACGUAAGCAAGUUACGAUCGAGCAGAGUUCCGAUAAUCGGUUAUCGUUGCGGAAGAAUAACGAUGGUCCGCUAUCGGAACGCGACUAAUUACGAUACAUCUCACGAAAAAAGAAAGAAAAAAGGAAAAAAAAAAAAAAAUAUAUAUCGCGACGCAUUCGUUCGA